UUGCGGAAUGCAGUAUACCGCUUUGCACUGGGCAGCCAAGCACGGAAACGAAGAUGUGGUUAAGCUAAUUGCCGGCACCUACAAGGCGGAUGUGAACGCCAGAACGAACGGGGGAUACACGCCUCUACAUUUGGCCACCCAAUUCGGUAGAGAUAAUAUCUUUGAACUACUGUGGAAUGUGUACAAGGCCAAUCGGGACAUCAUGGACUGGAGCGGCAACAAGCCACUGGACUACAGUCGCCAGCGGUCGAGUGUCUCGGCCUCGACCUGCAGCAAAAUCAAGGCUCGCAAAAAGCAUGCAAUCGAAAAAGAUUUGGGCUUCCUACGGAUUGGUUCACUGAAUGUCCGGGUAAAGAAGACCACCGAGGCGUUCAGCAAUUUCUUGGGAGUGGGCAAUGGCAGUGGGGUGGCUCCGACGGGCUACGGCAAUGGCGGGGGAACGGGAACGGGAACAGCAAGUCGCCAUCACCCUCGAUCUCACCGAGCCCCUCAUCAGCGUCAUCAUCACCACGUUGGUACGACACGGAGUCGCCAUCCGAAUCAGAGGGCAGCGAUGAGCACACCAUACGGAACGAACGGCGGCCUUCCGUCGAGGGCGAGCGUACCCAAUAACCGGAACAUCUACGACGGAGUACACAAGUCUUGGGGAUCGGCGGACAACAUACCACAUCGGUCGGAGGAACUAAUGCCGCCGCCCAAGACGGUCGACUAUAUCAGCAAGCGGAAUAAGUCCUCGAAGCGUUCGUCCUAUGCAUCGAACACCACCGAUUCGCCGCGUGACUCCAUCUGCUCCUCGAACUCCAGUUCGAAUCUCAAUGGCGGAUAUAGCAGCAUGCCCACCACCCCGAAUCAGUUGCGUGCUCCUAAGGAUAUCGCCGCAUCUUUCGCCGUGGAUUCCGACUCGGACUCCGCCUGCGGAUUCGACUCCAGCUGGUCGGUCAAUUGUCGCGGUUCUUCGAGCAGCAAUCCGUCGCAAUCCUAAAUACCUGAAUACUGUUGUUAACUCAGCCUGAAUGUCUACAUACCACACAACUUUUAGCAUUGACCAUGUAAUCAUGAAAGUAUUUGUUUAUCAGCUAACU